CUCGCGCACUCCUCUCCGGACCGACGGAGUCGCACGAGACUGGCGACGCGCUUCCGACACCGGUCCGGCUGGUCGCGGGUGACCCGAGGAGGAUCACCACUUUGACGAACAGGACCCCGGGCUCCGCUGGCAGGAAAGGUGGAACUAAACUACAUUCAGUGACUUGAGAGCGAUGCACUGGCAGCAUGGCCAAGUGGUUCAAGGAGCACCUCGGAUUCAAAACUACCAAAGCACCCCCUCCGGCGCCUCCGAAACCGGACUACAGACACUGUCACACCAGCGUGCCCGGUGCGCCUGGCUACCUACACACGAGCUCCGGAGCCACCUUCCCGAGCCCCGCGCAACCGGACAUCCUCGCUGCUUACAAACUACAAAAGGAGCUGGACUUCGAGGACCCGUACACUCCAGGUGGAAACAUUUCAUUCGGCUCGAGCGUGAACAGUGGCGGGUCUCCGGAUAUCAAGUAUGUGUCACCAAAACACCGACUCAUCAAGGUGGAAACAAUCGAAAAGAGCAGCCCGGCUCCGGGCGGCGGCGUCACAGUCACCCAAGCUGUUGCUGUGGGGAGCGUUAAAUCUCCAACUUCACCUCCCCCGGACCACGACAACAAGGAGAAGCCCAUUAUCCUUGAAGACUACGCGGACCCUUUCGAUGCUGAGCAGGCUGGUGGAACUCAGAUCAGUACGGAAAAGGUGACGACCGAGAACGAUGGCUACAUGGAGCCCUAUGAAGCCCAGAAGAUGAUGGCAGAAAUACGAGCUGGUGGGCGAGGACCUAAGGAAGGGCUGGUGAGGCAGCUGCCCCUGUACGACACGCCAUAUGAGCCAGCCGAGAACGGCGGCGACUCUGACCCUGAGCACUCGCGCUGCCCCAGAGAAAGCCGGCUGCCCCAGGAUGACGAGCGACCCCCCGAGGAGUAUGACCAGCCCUGGGAGUGGAAGAAAGAGAGGAUUUCCAAAGCAUUUGCAGCUCUGCUUUGUUAUGACUGCAUUAGCUACGAGGGUUCUGUAAGUGGCACUGGAUCAGGUCCCCACGGAGGAAAGGACUGCACUUCUAAAUCCCUCACAGUCCAGUUUGACGGUCUGGAGAAGUCUCGAAUGUCGCCGACCAAGGAGGGGAAAACCCGCCCGCUGCAGCGACACUCCAGUAGCUGUCUGGUGAACACCAAAAUGUCUUCACUGGACCACUGCAGCGCCUCUCUCGGGGAGCGUAUCGACCCCACCAUGCCCCUGGAGAGCCAGUUCUGGUACCACGGAGCGAUCAGCCGAACAGAUGCAGAGUCUCUACUCAGGCUGUGUAAGGAGGCCAGCUACCUGGUGAGAAACAGCGAGACCAGCAAGAACGACUACUCCCUCUCCCUCAAGAGCAGCCAGGGCUUCAUGCACAUGAAGCUGUCUCGGACAAAAGAGAACAAAUACAUCCUGGGCCAGAACAGCUGCCCUUUUGACAGCGUGCCCGAGAUCAUCCAUUUCUACUCCAGCCGGAAAUUGCCCAUCAAGGGUGCCGAACACAUGUCCCUGCUCUACCCUGUGGCCAUCAGGACACUAUAGUGCUCUGGGUCACCUGCAGGCGUCGUUCCCUGCGGUACCCGCUGGGACACACUGUGGCUCCACGCUUCCGGUCCCUCUGGACAGAACCCAGGAGGCUCAUGGGAAAGAUGAACAGUGGCAUCCCAAAACUGCUGUUCCUGACUCACCUCACCGGCCGACGGAUUCCCGACCUGUUUUGAAGGCUUACUGCAUACUAUCUUACACAUACAGACUCAAUGUUGCAGAAGUCUUUAUUGUUUUAUUCUAUUUUAUUUAUGACGGACACCCACUUCAUGGCAUCACAGACUGACUAUCUGAUAAACAUCAUUUCAUUGAUCCUUGAGCUGAUUUCCCCUUCGCACUUAACACUCAAAGAAAUGGGAAGGUACAACAUUGUAACAUUUGUCACUGGGGUGUACCUUUUAUUAAGAAAAUGUUGGACCUUUUUCCUAAGAACGCACAUCAUGAGAAUUGUAUGAACAAGUUUGUUUGACUUUGCCCAUCUGGUGAGGCUCUGUGGAUACUGUAAUUGUUUGUAAGGGGACUUGAAGAUUGUAAGCGUCGUGCAAGGGAAGCCGCAUUUAUGAGGCAUGUUGAGGGAUAUUGUCCACAUGGGCCCCAUACAGUGGUCAGGAUAUUGAAUAAACUGGCCUUCUGUGAAUGAUGAGUCCCCAGCUGCGCAGGAAUAACAGGUGUGUGUGUGUGUGUGUGUGUGUGUGUGUGUGUGUG